AUGGAGUCAAAGUCGGAUGGCUGGUCAAGUGCAACAGAUGUUGAUCAUCUACCGGUAGGAACCAAAAGCAAACCUGAACCAAACAGGGACUUGCACCAAGAGGUGGAAUCUCUGCGUCGCCACAAUGCAUUCCUGACGCAAGAGAGAGAUGCUCAAGAAAUCGCAAUCGCGAACCAAAAUAGCCAGCUGCAAACAUCUCUUGAGGAAGUCGCCACUGCGCAAGAGAAGCUUGAACACGAAAGAUCCAAGUUUCAGGCUCUGAUGAUAGACAUAGAGAAGUCGAAACGAGAGGGUCAAGAUUCAGAGAGUCAUCUGACGAGGCACACUCAGCAACUUGAGGCUCAGCUUGAGCGUUACAAGACUGACAAUAUUCGAGCGUCGGAAAUUCAGAGGAAUCUCGAAUCAGAAGUGAAGGACCUCAGAGCCGCAAAAGACGCUUUAUCGAAAUACAUGGAUCUUCCUACCGACGAGUUACGCCAAGAAAACAUUCGGCUUGAGGAGGAGCUGCGGGCUAGAGAUCUGAAGCUAGAUGAACAUCAACAAGAGUUUGGAAGAAUCCAAAUGAGCAAGGAUCGCGCAGAAAAGGCUCUAAAUGAUUUAAAAAAAGCCAAAGUUCCCGCGGACCGAGAGCGAGCUGGGAUGCAACAAACAAUCGCCACGAUGCACGCCAGCACGGCCGAGAACAGCCGUCAGAAAUACAACCUGCAACAUAAAUACGACACGUUGAAAGCAGGAAAGGCUUCAGUCGAUCAAGAGAAUAUGAGAUUGAAAGCUUGCGUUGAAGAUUUACGAAACGCCAAGAACAGUCUAAAUCACGAGAAAGCUCAAACGGCGAAGGAGAUUCCAGGUUAUCGUCUCGAAAAGAGAAAUCUGGAAAGGGCCUUGGAAACACUCGAAAACGACUGGAAGGUUAAACUCGAACAAACAAAGAAUGCCCUUGAAGCCGAAAAGACUCAUGCCGGACGCGAAAAGACCUCUCUAAGUAACAAGCUAAAGGCGGCAAAUGAUGAGAAUCUCAUGCUCAAAAACAAUCUUGAAACAAUGAAAUCGCACAAGGCACGUGCUGAUCAGCAACGGAACGAUCUAAAUUCUAAACUGGAACUCUCAAAGAACAAGAUUCGUUCACUAGAGCAACAGCACAGUGAGUUAUCCAACCAGAUUGGAUCUCUCAAUGCCAAUCAUCUUCAGAAGGACAGGGCCUUCGCAGCGUUACAGGCAAGCAAAGCGCGAUUGGACAGUGACAAACACUCUUUGUCCGAAAAACUCACAACUCUUAAUCGCUCACUUGAAUCUGUGAAAGCUCAAUCCCAACGAGCGACAGACGCGUUACGGGGAGAAAUGGAAGAACAGCGUCGGCAAUCAGAGGCCAGGGUUAGAAAAGCCGCACAAGCUGUUGGGGGCCAUCACACCCCUCGAACAAUAAUUUUUCAGAAGAUUCUCUCCCAGGCGCGGGCCUCUCGGGGCAUUUCAGAGAUUCCUGGGGCCAGUCGCUUCAUGGAACUUUGCACAUUGUCCUCACUGACCAAUCAGUGCCUUGACCUUCCUUUGAGUACUAAAAAGGCUCACAAGCUAGGGAAAAGCAUUCGAGGCAAUGAGAUGUCCAUUGCUGCUUGCAAUGUGUGUCAGCUACCCAAACUGACACGCACUGACCAAGCCCCCAGGCUGAGGGUUGAUGAGCUGGGACAGAAAAUGCAGUGCUGUUCUGCGAAAAUAUGUCAAUCAUGCUGUCUGAAGGGAUUUAUUCGGUCACUUCUCAAUGACUACUGGUUUGAGUUAGGGAAGAGUGUCUGGGUAAAGUGCCCAUCAGCCAACUGCGACGUGUCCUUGAACAUUGGGGGAAGGGACGAACUUCAGGCCACGCUUCAGAAUCUGGGAGAUUCAAACGUCACCAAGCACAUGGCAGCAUACGAUCGCAUCAAAACCUUCAGACACGCACUCAGAGGUUUACCAAAUCUGGAUCAUCAGAGUCUGAAAGCCUCGUCAGCUUUGUACUUCCAACUUGUAUCAAUGGGUCGUAUGCACAACAUUGCAGAUCUUCCUCCUGAUGCAGUUAUGGCUAGGGAAGAUAUGCCGAGUUUCAACCCCGCUGAAAUACAUAUGAUAAGUGUCGAGCACCAAGGUGCUACUGUUGACGUGGCAUUUCCUAUUGGAUUCAUACGCAAGAAAAGAAUCCCCAAAGACUGUGCUUUCUGUGUAGAGAAAAUGUACGACAUUGAGACAGAUGUCGGUCGAAUCUGGAACUGGAUUGAGGAUUGCUCCGGUUUCAACGGAGAGUGGAUGUGGGAGGUGCUGAAGUUCCCAUUGAAGCUUGCAACAGAGUGCAACCAUGAUAUUGAUUUCUGUACCGAAUGCCUACAGCAGCAUCUCGAGGUCCAGCUAGUGCGAUUUGGGCGAGGAAGGUGUGAGCAUCUGUCCUGCCCUUUCCCAGAAUGCCGCCGACAUUUGGCGUAUCAAGAGGUCAAACUAUACGCAAAACCUGAGACGUUUGCCAAGUAA